AUGGCUAGGAAGUACAUUCUCGUUUGUGGUGGUGUCAUUUCGGGUAUCGGCAAGGGCGUGAUCGCAUCGAGCACCGGUCUCCUCCUCAAGACCGCCGGCUACAAGGUCACCUCGAUCAAGAUCGACCCGUACAUGAACAUCGAUGCCGGUACCAUGGCCCCCACUGAGCACGGUGAGGUUUACGUCCUGAACGACGGCGGUGAGACCGACCUCGACCUCGGCAACUACGAGCGUUACCUCAACGUCUCGCUCGGCAAGGACAACAACCUUACCACCGGCAAGGUGUACCAGCACGUCAUUGAGCGCGAGCGUCGCGGUGACUACCUCGGCAAGACUGUCCAGAUCGUCCCCCACCUCACCAACGCUGUCCAGGACUGGGUUGAGCGUGUCGCCACGACCCCCGUUGACGAGACUGGCGAGGAGCCCGACGUCUGCAUCAUCGAGCUCGGUGGUACCGUCGGUGACAUUGAGUCGGCCCCCUUCAUCGAGGCCAUGCGCCAGUUCCAGUUCCGUGUCGGCCACGAGAACUUUGCCCUCAUCUACGUCUCCCUCAUCCCCUUCAUCAGCGGCGAGCAGAAGACCAAGCCCACUCAGGCUGGUAUCCGUGACCUCCGUGGUCUUGGUCUCGUCCCCGACCUCAUUGCGUGCCGUUGCGAGGUCCCCCUCCAGCCCGCGACCACCGAGAAGGUCUCGAUGUUCUGCCACGUUACCCCCAAGCAGGUUCUUGGCGUCCACAACGUCGAGUCCACCUACCACGUGCCCCUCCUCCUCCAGCAGCAGGGUCUCAUCCAGUUCCUCCAGAAGCGUCUUGACAUGGGCGGCAUUACCAUCCCCCCUCACAUGAAGACCAAGGGCAACGACCUCAUGACGCGCUGGCGCGACAUGUGUGUUGGUGCCGAGCGCCUCUUUGACACUGUUUCGAUUGUCCUCGUCGGCAAGUACACCACCCUCGAGGACUCGUACAUGUCGGUCGUCAAGUCGCUCGAGCACGCCUCGAUGCGCGUGGGCCGCAAGCUCGAGCUCAAGUGGGUCGACUCGUCCGACCUCGAGCCCGCCAUGGAGACCGACGACCCCGUCCGCUACCACGAUGCCUGGCGCGCCCUGUGCGGUGCCAAGGGUAUCAUUGUCCCCGGUGGCUUUGGUGUCCGUGGUACUGAGGGUAUGAUCAUGGCCGCCAAGUGGGCUCGUGAGCAGAAGGUUCCUUACCUCGGUAUCUGCCUCGGCUUCCAGAUUGCCGUCAUCGAGUGGGCCCGUAACGUCUGUGGCCUCGAGGACGCUCACUCGUCCGAGCUCUCCAAGACCACCCCCCACCCCGUCAUCUGCUUCAUGCCCGAGAUCUCCAAGACCCACAUGGGCGGUACCAUGCGCCUGGGUCUCCGCCCCACCAUCUUUGAGCCCAACACUGAGAACACCAAGCUCCGCAAGCUGUACGGCAGCAAGCCUGUCGCUUGGGAGCGCCACCGUCACCGUUACGAGGUCGAGCCCAAGUACGUCGACGAGCUCGAGUCCAAGGGCGGUCUCCGCUUCACCGGCAAGGACGAGCGCGGCGAGCGUAUGCAGAUGCUCGAGAUUGAGGGCCACCCUUACUUUGUCGGUCUCCAGGCCCACCCCGAGUUCUGCUCGCGUCCCCUCAACCCUUCCCCGCCCUUCCUGGGCCUCAUCGCGGCCGCGUGUGGCCUCGACAUUCUCGACGAGCAGGUCGCGUACAACUCGAAGAACUACGUCGACCCCCACCCCGAGAACGCAAAGGUCGUUCCCGCCAGCGAGGCCGUGACGGAGAAGGCCAAGGCCCGCAAGCAGGCCGUUGAGGGUGUCAAGGUCGUCGAGGCCGCUGCCCCCGUCGUCGCCAACGGCUCGGCUUAA